UGACAAAACAUUGUGAUGUGUGUGACGUCUAUAAUUUAACUUUCACUUUUGUUUUAUUCCAUGAUUCUUAAAAUUUUAAAUAUUGGUACAAAAAGAUAAGGAACAAGUCAUUGAUACCCUGAUCCAAAAUGGGAUUUGAAUUGAAUGAAUAUGGAGAGAUUUCCACUUAAAAGAUCAGGGUCACCGUUAGGACAAACUUCUUCCACAUAUCAAUCUGUUAAUCAUAAGUACACAAACUCAAGAAGCAACACUGGUAGCAAUUUUAAUGACGAUAUGAGUGGCAUCUCACCUACAGGAGGGGGCGAUACCCCUGUUCGAUCAGUGGACGAUGAGGAAGCAAUGCAAUAUUCCGUUUCAUAUGGCGGUAUGCAAGAUUCAACAGAGAUUCCAGGUAUCGGCCAAUACGAUGACUUUCACACUAUUGACUGGCAAAGGGACAUUGCUCAUGAUCGUAUGAGACAUAGAUAUUUAGUGAAGAAGAAACAAGAUUCACUAUGGAAUUUAAUACAAGGAUUUCACGAUGCUUGGUCUGGAUGGUUAUGCGUCCUCUUAGUUGGACUAUGUACAGGAGUAGUUGCGGGAGUUAUAGACAUAGGAGCUAGCUGGAUGACUGAUCUCAAGUUUGGCAUAUGUUUGCAAGCGUUUUGGCUUAAUCAAGAGCAAUGCUGUUGGUCUUCGAAUGAAACUGCUUUUGACAGUGGAAACUGUUCCAAUUGGUACAGCUGGGCAGAAGUAUUGGGAGCAUCAAAUGAAGGAGCCGGUUCUUAUAUGAUAUCUUACCUAUUUUAUAUUAUACAAGCACUUCUCUUCGCUGCCCUGUCAGCAUCAUUAGUACGUAUGUUCGCACCAUAUGCAUGUGGUUCCGGUAUUCCAGAGAUUAAAACAAUACUCAGUGGUUUUAUAAUUAGAGGUUACUUAGGCAAAUGGACUCUUAUUAUCAAGUGCGUAGGACUUAUACUGUCAGUAUCAUCAGGUCUCAGUCUUGGCAAAGAAGGUCCUAUGGUUCAUAUUGCCUGUUGUAUUGGAAACAUUUUAUCAUACUUAUUCCCGAAAUAUGGUCGAAACGAAGCGAAAAAAAGAGAAAUAUUAUCAGCUUCAGCGGCAGCUGGUGUUUCAGUAGCAUUCGGUGCCCCAAUCGGGGGCGUCCUAUUCAGUUUGGAAGAAGUCAGCUAUUAUUUCCCACUGAAAACAUUAUGGAGAUCAUUCUUCUGCGCUCUGAUAGCAGCUUUUAUAUUGAGAUCGAUCAAUCCUUUCGGCAAUGAACAUUCCGUUUUAUUUUAUGUAGAAUACAACAAGCCGUGGAUAUUCUCAGAGCUGAUUUCCUUCAUUGGAUUGGGAAUCGUCGGAGGCAUUAUUGGAACGUUGUUCAUCAAAGCCAACAUUUACUGGUGUAGAUACAGGAAAUUAUCUAAGUUAGGCCAGUAUCCCGUAACAGAAGUAUUAGUAGUAACAGUAAUUACAGCUAUCAUAUCCUAUCCUAAUAAAUACACACGUAUGAGCACUUCCCAGCUGAUAUAUUUACUAUUCAGUCAAUGCGGCAUAUCGAAUACUGAUGAUCUAUGCGACUACAAUAGGAACUUCACAGACGUCAAUAUGGCUAUAGAGAUUGCGGAGGCGGGGCCUAGAGUUCAUCGCGCCAUCUAUCUUUUAAUCAUCGCAUUAGUGCUCAAGCUCUGUACGACCAUCUUUACUUUUGGCAUCAAGGUACCAUGUGGUUUGUUUAUCCCUAGUUUGUGCCUAGGCGCCAUUGUUGGACGUAUAUGGGGCAUAGCUAUAGAACAAAUGGCAUACUACUACCCGAAAAGUUGGAUGUUCACCGGAGAAUGUUCAACGGGGGAUGAUUGUAUAACACCGGGGUUGUACGCAAUGGUAGGAGCAGCUGCGGUACUUGGAGGUGUUACCAGAAUGACGGUUUCUUUAGUGGUGAUCAUGUUCGAGCUUACAGGUGGAGUAAGGUACAUAGUACCCCUGAUGGCAGCUGCAAUGGCUAGCAAAUGGGUGGGAGAUGCCUUAGGCAAACAAGGUAUCUACGACGCACACAUAGCGUUGAACGGUUACCCCUUCCUUGACUCAAAAGACGAGUUCCAACACACAUCUUUGGCUGCUGAUGUAAUGCAGCCCAAACGUAAUGACAUGUUAAGUGUCAUAACCCAAGACUCGAUGACUGUGGACGAUAUCGAGACGUUGUUGAAAGAAACCGAACAUAACGGUUACCCAGUGGUUGUAUCAAGAGAAAGUCAAUAUUUAGUGGGAUUAGUCUUGAGGAGAGACUUAUAUCUGUCCAUAUCCAAUGCCAAAAGAAUGAUCGAAGGAGUUUGUGGACAAUCCGUAGUUCUGUUCACUAGUGGUAAUCCACCGCAAACUUUAGGACCUCCACCUUUGAAACUCAAGAAGAUCUUGGAUAUGGCCCCCAUAACCAUAACUGAUCAGACUCCGAUGGAAACGGUGGUUGACAUGUUUAGGAAGUUGGGAUUGAGACAAACUCUAGUCACUCACAACGGUCGUUUACUUGGAGUGAUAACGAAGAAGGAUGUACUUCGGCACAUCAAGCAAAUGGAUAAUGAAGAUCCUAGUUCUAUUCUAUUCAACUGAGAUUAUUCUGAGAUAAGUACGGGCGAAAAUUGAGAUUAAUACAGUGUGGUAGGGAGAUGAAGAUGCAGCGAUACAUGUUUAAAGGUAAUGGGAUGAUACUUCGACUUGUUUUACUUUAUGAAUUUAUUUACAGAUCUGUCCUCACUUUUAGUGUAAAUGUCUUCCUUACCAGCCACACUAGAUUAUGUGUGUAUAUGUAUAUUAUGUCUAGUAAAAUUUUUAUUUAUCGAAAUGUUUGAAAUUCAAGUAUGAAAAUAUAAGUACAUAUUGUUGAAUUGCUCAAUUUUUGUUAGGGUCCUACGCCAUUAUAUAUUUCUGAUGUAUUAUAUAUUUAUAUAUGU